AUGAUUAAAAAUCUAAUUGAGCCUCUUUGCUCUAUUCAUAAUUAACCUCUAACAAUGGUUAACUUAGAAAGAAGGAUUGGAAAAAACAAAAAUAGAUUUAUGUGUGAUGCUUGCACAGAAAAUGAAUUUUCGAAAAAAGUAAUUUUAUUUUCAAAGGCUUUGGGAAUUAAAAAGGAGAUUAAUGAUUGGUAAAGUUAAAUUUUGUUUCAAAUUUAAAAUAUUAAAAAGAUAGUUGAAAGUAUGAAAGCAGAAAUUCUGAUAUAAUUGAAUGAAUUAGAUAAAAUUAUUGAAGAAUGGAUAAAACAAAUUAAAGUUUAUUAGAAUUAAAAUGAUUAAUUAAAUUAAUUAUUUGAUGAAAUUUAAGACUCUAACUAUCAUUUGAAUAAAUCAAGUGUCACUAAAAUUUAAAAUGUUCUUUUUAAAUUGGAAGUAGAAUAUUUAUAAUUUUUUUCUCAUCUUUAAAAUCCAAUAUUUUCAUAAUAGUUUAGAUUUCAUAAAUAACAAUCUGAUUAAUAGACUCAUGUUAAAUAAAAAUGUGAAAAUCCUUUUAUAGAAAGCAAAGAGAUGAGUAAAAAUGAUUUAGAAUUGAUUGAGAUGAUAUUCAUUUAGAAAUUCGGUAUAAUAUUUAACUAUUUAGAAUGGGGAAAUAAUACCAUUUUUAAUAAAUUACUAUUAGAAAUAGAGAAUUUUUAAGUUUAUAAAGGAGUUAAAAUUGUGGAGUUAACUACAUAAAAUUCUAUUUUAAGAAUAACAUAAUUAGUAUAUUAUAAAUUUAUAACCUUUUCAGACACCAGAAUAACUUCAAUUAGGGUAUGAUAUAACUUGUGAUAAAAUAAUUUUUGAUAUUGACUAAUCUUAAUUAGAAUAUCAACUUAAUUUAGUUAAAUAAUUCAAAAACUUAUAUCCUGAAAACUCCAAAAAAUAAACAAUAUGUUUUUUAACUUAUGAAUAGGGGUUCAGUAAAGAUAGAAUAAAUAAUUCUUUGAUUGAAAAUUAUGAUGUUUUAAUCGACAUAACAAAAUACUAUCAUUUAAACAUUAUUGAAAUUGUUGAUAUUAUUUUAAAGAAAAUGGUUAAUAAUGUUCAAUAAAAAAGUAAGAGUUCAGAAUUUGAUAAGUAAUUUUAAUUUGACAACAUUAAAAACAAAUAAGUUAAUAAACUGUGGAGUGAAAAUAAAGAAAUAAACAGUUUUUAUUAAAACUGUUUAAAUUUAAAUGUGAAGGUGAUAAAAAUUGAUAGCAUAAAAUACGACAUUUUAAUUCAAUUUUUAAAUUACAUUUUUUAUUGUUGUACAACGAAUUAGUUUUAAAAAAUAACUUAAGAAACCUUUAAGGCUUUCGGUAAAUUAUAUUUAAUUGAAUUUGAUACAAAUAUGAACCCAAACUAUUUAAUAUAAGAAGGAUGUUUUGAAAUUGAUAUUAAGUAAGCAAGAUUUAAACUUAAUGGCAUUGGCAUUGAAUAUUGUUAAAAAUCAAAUAAAAUAAAAUAUGAAGGCAAUUUUGAGGAAGGAUGUUUAAGAAAUAAUACAAUUAAUAACAAUUAAGCAAAGAGUUAAUCUAAUAAUUAAAGUAUUUCAAAAGUUAUUAAAGACUAAUAUUAGGUUCCUUCUUGGUGUAGAUUUAAUUAAUAAAUCAACUUAAAUGAUUUAUACAUUUUAACAUCAAAUUUAUGGUUAUCAAGCAAUAUUAUUGAUGCUUUUGUUUUAUAUCUGAAUUUAAAUAGUGAACAAUAAUAUUUUUCCCUCACAGAAGUUUAAAGGAAGGAUAUAUAACGAAUUCUAUUCAUGCCAACUAGCUUAACAACUAAUUUUGUAAAACCAUAUGAUUUUAAUUAAGCAAAAAAGAUAUUUGAAGAAGAAUUGUUAUAAUACCAAGAAAUUAAUUAUGAUUUGAAAAAAGUUUAUUCUAAGAUUGGAUUUCCAAUCAAUAAAAAUAAUUCUCAUUGGUAUUUUCUAUUAUAUGAUUUAUAAUCAAAUAAUAUAAUCUAUACUGACUCUUUAAAUGUAAAAUGGAAUGAUAUUGAAAUAAUUACACUAUUAAAAAAUUUACUAACUUCAACUACAGAAAAGAAUAUUUCUUCUAAAUAAUUUAGCUAAUAAAAAGAUGGCUAUUCAUGUGGAUAUCAUGUUUGCUCUGUUAUGUCAUAUUAUUAAGAAAGUUAAUUUAAUCAAACACUUCUAUAUUGUUAUGACGAAGCUAAAAUUAAAGAUACUCUUUAUUAAGUUAUCAAAUAAACAUGA